GACCGCAGUGUACACCAUCUCCACGUUUUGGCAAAGAAGGCAGAGGUCGUUACCGAGUGAACGAGUUUUCUCACGUCGUGUCACCCAGCUGGACAGACAGCACUGUUUAUUGCGCGAUCAACCCCCGGUCCGUCUAUCGCGAUUCCCGGGGUCUCAUCAGUCGGAUACUAAACUGGCAGUCCGUCUCGAACGCAACGUACACGAGCGUCACAGCCAGUCGGCUGUAUCUCGAGCGUGCCGGGGACGAUUCUGAUCUCUUUACGCGAACGUAAAAGACAGCUUCCGUCGUUUCAACCGUCGAUCGUUCCAGCAGAGUGUUCGGGUCCGCAGAGUUCCUCAAUUAAACAAGGUGACGGAUUCCCACCUUGAUGAGUACGAAAACGUCGGCAGGGAGCACAGUCGGUAGCCACGCGGUCAACGCUCUCAUCGGCGGUACCAGCAUCUUCAACGGGGCUGACACCCAGCACGAGGCGCGUUUGAUGCCCAGCUAGCGGACAGACGAUCCUGAACGGACCGUACCGGUGUGUGGUGAUAGUGCUGAUCUAUUGUUUGUUGUUGUUGUUGUUGUUAUUCGUGUUCACCGACACACGUGUCCCACGGUGCCGCGAGUACACUGACUACGCGCGUACUCGCGAGAUGAGAUUAUCCUCUUGAAAGGUAGAUAGAUGGAGUCGUCGCGACUAUCAGCGUUCCCGGGAUAGAAAGUUGUUCGUGGUGCGGUUUACACGAUUUUCACCGGGGAACCGUUCUGCGUGGUCAGAAAGACGGUUUUACGACUUUGCGAGCUCGUCGGUGGAGUAGUCUCUGCGUGAGAUUGUCGGCACGUGGAUCCGCUAUCCGGAUCCGAUCGUUUCUAGCUCACGUGGCCGUCCGAGUCCUAUCGGCGGCGCGUUCCUGGUGCCGGUCUCUCGCGACACUCACGGAUCUUUCCCGAUCGAGGGUGCGUCUUUAUGCUUGUUGAAUUUUUACCAAUAUUCCGGGUCGACCGCGCGUAAUCGAUGAGUGUUUCGAGUGAGUGAGAAUCAUCGCCGAGGAGUCACUGUAAACGACACUUCCGUCCUGCUGUUUUGGAGUCGUGACGCGCGUGUAUCAGUUUGAUGUCGCAGAUAGGUGGAAAGGGAUGACGGUGCAUCAUCGUUGUGCUGCGGACACUGUUGACGAAGACGACGAAGACUCGUGAACUGCGAAGACGACGAUCAUCUGCUACGGGAGGCGUGUACCGUUUCGCGGUCUUGUGAUACUUCGUAGGGUUUUUUGAGGAUCCGCAAGCACGCGGAACCAAGCAAGCAGCGUGGAGCGCUCGGCGAUCGUGUGGCCGCGCGACGCGGACCUCUACACUUAUCAACCAGGCUGUGCAUUUCUCACCUACUACAGUCGUGACAGCGCAAUCAGCGCCCAGAACGCUCUGCAUGAGAAGCGGACUUUACCAGGGGGUGUGACGGGCGACCGGCUGGCCGGGGACGCCGCACACCUCCUCCAUCUCUUCUUCUUCUUGCCACGACCACAACACACAAUGUAACAACAACUACCACUACUAGAGUCGUCCGCGCGAACCACGUUCUCAAUGUACUCGAUGUGAUGAACCGUCGUAUUCAAGUGAAGCCGGCGGACAGUGAAAACCGCAGAGAGUGCAUGAUGGACGACGGGAGCACCAGUGCCAUCUUCUGGAAGUAGGAGGCACCGGUGGCGGCCGCUGAAGACAGAAAGCUGUUCGUGGGAAUGCUCAGCAAGCAACUAACCGAAGACGAUGUCAGAAAGUUGUUCACUGCCUUCGGCACAAUAGAGGAGUGUACCAUCCUCCGAGGACCUGACGGCGGUAGCAGAGGCUGUGCAUUCGUGAAACUUUCGUCACAUCAAGAAGCGCUAGCGGCAAUCAAUUCCUUACACGGGAGCCAAACUAUGCUGGGUGCGUCAUCCAGCAUUGUGGUAAAAUUUGCAGAUACUGAGAAAGACAGACAAAAUAGACGCAUGCAGCAAAUGGCCGGGAACAUGGGCCUCCUUCACCCUUUUGUCUACAAUCAGUUCGGCGCUUACAGCGCUUAUGCUCAGCAGCAAGCGGCUCUCAUGGCUGCUGCAACAGCACAGGGGACGUACAUCAACCCGAUGGCGGCGUUAGCCACUGGACAAUUGCCGCACGCGAUAAAUGGCAUGCCGAAUCCUGUGGUUCCACCGACUUCCGGUUUGCUCGUAGGUACCGGUACAGGGCAGCCAGUUAACGGGGCGAUACCGUCGUUACCAUCGCCGACGAUGCCCAAUUUCAACAUGGCUGCGCAAACACCUAACGGUCAACCGGCAGGUUCGGAUCCAGGUAUCUACAACAACGGGAUACCGCAGACCUACGCGGGACAUGGCCUCCAUCUGUCCAUUUCAGCACAAGGGCUGCCCAACGGGGAGGCGGCACUCCAGCAUGCCGCCGCGUAUCCCGGAAUGCAAACCUACACCGGUGUCGCUUAUCCUGCCGUCUACAGCCAGUUUCCUCAGGCUAUUCCACAGCCGAUGACCGCAGUGGCGCCCACGCAGAGAGAAGGAUGCUCUCUCUCAGGACCCGAGGGCUGCAACCUGUUCAUCUAUCACCUGCCUCAAGACUUUGGAGACACCGACCUCAUGCACGCGUUCAUACCUUUUGGCAACGUCAUAUCCUCCAAGGUUUUCAUCGACCGGGCCACCAACCAGAGUAAAUGUUUCGGUUUCGUGUCGUACGACAAUCCAGCAAGCGCGCAAGCAGCAAUUCAAUCAAUGAACGGCUUCCAGAUAGGGAUGAAACGUUUGAAAGUCCAGUUAAAAAGGCCCAAGGACGCAAGCCGGCCAUACUAACCAAAGUCCUAGCUUAGAGAAACUGGACGAUAUGCACCGUACAUCAUAACCUACAGAAUGUCGUACAAGAACACGGGCUCAUUGAACGCUCGACGAUCAGAAGUGACGAGUUUAAAUCACCGUUACAACGCUCUCCACUAUAAUAAUCUAGUACACUAGUUAGACAAUUAAUUAGACGAUAAAAAUUAGGAGUCAGGUAAAGCAACUUCGCCUGCAUUCACAUGGCGAGAACGAAGAGGCUGAUGCUAAGAGCAUCGGAU